AAUUUAAACGUGCACACACAUACAUACAUAUAUUUCAAAAUGUGCUCAGAUGACAAUUGCAAAGCAAGCGACAAUUGUUGCUGCAAUCUAAAAACGAAAUCUAUUUUCAUAUCCGCUUGGAAUUUAGUGCAUGGAAUUGUUCUAAUCAUUAUUUGCAUUAAUGGCUUUUUCAGAGGACCUAUGUUCAGAUUAAGCAAAGAUGAAGUAAAGCUCAAUGUGGGCGCCGAGGAAAUAAGCUGGAAAGCAAGGGAAACUCCAAAAGAUAAAAUCACUUGUAAGAUUUUUUAUAUAGCCGGUUUCAUAUUUGGUAUUCUAAUAUUUAUCGGAUCAAUAUUGCAUAUUAUUGGGCAUAUAAAAAAACAUCGUAGCCUUUACUUGAUCGGCUUCGUUAUGGCCAACGUCUCUUGCCUUAUUGGUAAUGCAGGCUUAAUAUAUACAAUAAUUAUUGCAAUUUUAGGCUUAAUAUGGUGUAGCAGAUACUGGUUGGUUGGACUAAGUGCCGAGGCUAAUAAGAAUAGCCAAGAGAAAAGCUGAAUACAUACAUUUCAAAUUCUAAACGUAUAAUUUUGACAGCUGUUUAACUUUCAAAGCAAAAUGAUCGAAUUGCAGCUGUUAUCGAUAUCGAUUGUUUUGCUGGGCAGCACUUAACGCAUGUCAAAAGCCAAGAAAAUUUCAAGCUGCUUAAAAAUUCAAUCGUAAUUGUUUUGAUUUCAAUUUUUUGUUUCUGCAUUAAAAGUACUAAAGAUGAAGCGUCAUAAUGCCAAAUCCUUGGCCGCUGCUGUGGUAAUAGCUUCAGCUGCCGCUGCUACAGCGGAUGGCAAGAAAAAACCAGAAGUCAAGCAGAGUCUAAACGCCGCCUCGGCGCUAUACGUGGAUGUGGUGAAGAAUAUGUCAAAGCCGGACUGCUCGCCGUCGUCAACGCCACCGGCUGCACCCAAGUUUACCAUAUUGCGUGAAGAUUUCCCAGCGCUGCCUGGCACACAUAAGACAUUCAAUUUGCGUGGGAGCCAUGUGCCAGAUGACUGGACUGCAAUGAUAAGCGAUGACGAGGAGGUCGAUGAGGCUGUAGAGACUGCAGAACUGGCAGCGGCAGUUGUAGCUGUAGCUGUGUCUGAGGAGGAAGAUGAAGGUGGGCAGCCAGUAUCUAACGCCGAGGAAGAAGAUGAGAAGGUGGAGGUCGAGGUGGAGCCACCAGCUACGUCGGAGGAUUCUAGCGAGGAUUUGGAGCAGUUGCUUGAUGCGCUUGAGGAGCUUGUGAAACAACAAUCUAGCGACUCUAGCGAACAGGAUCUAAAUAACAAUGAUUCGCCGCCAGUUGUGGCGCUUGUUGCAGCCACCAGCAAUACUACUACCAGCAACAACAACAAUAACGACAGUAGUACUAGCAGCAGCAGCAACAGCAACAAAGAGAAAACCAAGUCCAAUGAGUUCUUCGUGCCAAGUUACUAUGAGCGCCUGACCAGCAACAACAAAAGUCACAUCUUUGGCGCUCAGUUCAUCAAUGAAGGUGUGAGUCAGCGCGUCUCCAGCCGCCUAAACAAAGCUGAGCCUGCAACUCAGACUGCUGCCAACAUUGGUCCACCUCCUGGCUUUGAUCAGAUGCGCUUGUUUGCGCGUCUGCGAACCAAUGGCAUGGGCAUGCCAUUGGGUGGCGUUGCCCUUGACAUGUCACCGCCAGCUCGACCGCAGCAGAGCCAGCGUAAGGGGCGUUGCAUGGACGGCCCCUAUGGCUUGGCUGGUUUGGCCAGAAAUUUGGAGCGAGCGCAGAAUAAUCCUCACUUGCUCUCACAAAUCUUUGGCCUUGACGCAGCACAUCUUAAUAUAGACGGACACUGUUGUACCAAUCGUGCCAAUAAGCUGUAUCCCUCGUUUGCCGGGCCACUGCUGGGCGGACGUUGUAACCCGCAUGAGGUCCACUAUGAUGUACCAUCAUAUUAUCGACGGCCACCCUUGCAAAAUGCUUUACCACAGCCGCAGGUCGAUCAAAUGCAGAAUGAGCUUUUGUUCUUCUUCUUCUAUACGUAUCCAGCUGAUAUGAUGCAAAUGCUGGCUGCUGCUGAGCUAGCAGAGCGUGGCUGGCGUUAUCACAUCUACGAACGCCUCUGGCUGCGUCGUCAGCCCGACAAUCCGCACUAUGUCUGCUGUGAUUAUAAGGAGUCCGGCGAGUAUAACUAUUUCAAUAUGGUGCAGUGGAAAAUACAAGCGCGCUUCUUUGAUCUGUUGCCCAAUCAGCUGGAGCGCACCAUUACCAAAGCGGAGCUGCUAGAGCAAUAUGGCUAUCAUCCUCAAAUGGGGUAGGCUGCCAACAAACUGACGCUCAAGUCAAUUAAAAAGCAACUG